CGUCGAACUGAAAGCACCGAAAGAAAGACUUUGAACGGGGAAAAGCGAGAGGCGGAACUCAAACAACGAAAUAUAACGCAUACGCCGCGUUGAACCGAAAAGAACUGCAAGUGAAGUGAUACCAGAAAAAAAGCAGCGAAUAUAAAAAGGAAAAAGAGUUUACCGACUUGGCUCGUUAGUGGAAUUUUUUGUUGCCUUUUUGGGCAGUUUACGAGCGGCUCAGCAUAAAUUGCUGGUCCCACAUAAUCGCCCCGCCACCGCUACCUCCGGAUUUUCCAUUUCCCAUUUGCACGGCCGUAAUGAGGCAAUGAGACGAGGGGCAGCCGGAAAAGCAACAGCGGGAAAAGCAGCCCAGGAGCCAUGACAUCUGGAGUCUGCCGGAGUCUGGAGCUUUGGCCUCUGCCCGAGUGAAAACCCCUGGAAAAGCCCAUCCCAGCGAUGCUGCGCGAUAUCUUUCUGUAUUUAGUUCUAAUCGUUUUAUUUUGCUUCAUUUUCAUGGCGCAGUUAAUCGUCAACGUUUACGCGUUCCAGCGCCAGCCGUCGCCCCACAAGCCGGAGCGCAAUGAAAUUAUAUUUGUCUAGAGCGGAGACAGCACCACCCACACGAACACAGAGAAUAAUGUUUCAAUAGCGAUUCGUUCAAUUUAAGAACGGAACUCAAAAGUACAGUCAUUAACGGACAAAAAUAGAAAGUAUUUAAAGUAAUGAUAGCCACUAGUAAUAAAGCAUAUUUGUCUAGCAAGGAGACUGCAUCGGCCAUCGAUUCAACGUUAUUUUUACAUCUUAGCUAGACUCCGAAAUGAUAACCAAAAUGUAUUGAAGUUGAAGCUAGCUUAAGGCCAAACAAUAGCCAUUUAACACGAGUUUUCUCCCUGUGCACCCUUGAGGCAGGAAAGGAGGUUGGAGAAUGAAGAUGCUGCAAAAGCAAAGGCUACAAGUCAAGCCGUGGUGGUUGCCGUUUAAUAAGAAAGGGAACUCAACUACUAGGUUCAACUCUCAGUUGAGUGAGAAAAGUAGGAAAAGCCAAGGGGAAUGAGGGGGGAAGGGGGAAGAGGGGAAAUGGGGGAGGAACGGAGAGAUCACCGCAGGAGGAAGAUAAACCCUCGAAGAACUGUUAAACUAGGUUGCGCGCUAAUUAGUAACGGUAGUCUUGGGAGUGCACAAUACGCACCACACACC